AUGCAGGAUCAGCCGGCGACUCCUCCACCAAAGAAAGCCAAGCUCGACAAGAAAACCAUCAUUGCAGAUGACGACGACCUCGAUGAUGAUCUUCAAACCGAACUGCAAUCUUUCAUGGAGGGUGAGAGCAGCAGUGCUUCGAAUGCGCGGCCUGCGUCAGCUUCGAAUGGGAGGCAUGCGUCAGGCCGCUUGGCACUCGCUGUGAAACAGGAGCUCCAUGAAGGCAAUGAUGCAGAACCGACUUCGGCAGCCACCCCUCCCAAGACUCCAAAGACCCGGCAAACCUUGAAGAAAAAGCCGCCGGCGGGGAAGAAAUGGAUUGUCUGCCCCAUCUGCCUCCAAGGCCCGGAUGCGUUCCAGGAAGGCAUGUGGUCCGACUAUGACCGGCAGAAGAAUCCCAUUGGCAUGGGCUGCAAGGUCCAUGUUUUUGUGAUACGGAUCAGCUACCCCCAGAUGACGUUGCCUGAGGCCGGUGUUCUGUACCAUUCCAAGAGCGAGCAGGGACGAACUUUCAAAGUCGAAGUGAAUGGUGCUUCUAUGCUGAUGGUCCGUGUGCUAGAGAAAGAUUUGAUUCCAAGCCUUCUCCCUGCGAGCUCUGUAGCGAUCCAGAAGCGGCAUUCGGUCGAGAUGUCCUACACGGUGGCCUUUGUCAGUGAGACUGAUGUUCUUCGAAUUACCGGUGUGGGAUCGAAGAACCUCAAGCUGGGCAAGCCAACAACGCUGCCGAGUGAGGAUGGAUCUGGGCAAGUGUCUGGAUGGUACUUGUCUGUGAUUGGCAUGGACCCGGCCCUUUUGAAUGGCUUGCGGACCAUCAAGAUCUCCAGUGCCAUGGAUUACUCGCAGGUGGAUGAGCUGCUCAAGCCUGAGUGGCAGGUACGAGCCGGCCAAGCUGCUGAUGUCUUCAAGUUUGCCAUGACCAAGAACCUCGAGCAACGACCGUCCGAGGAGACCACGGCAGGCAGACCAUUUCUCAAGCAGCUCAGCGUGCUCAUGGAGAAGGGGGCAGCCAUCAUCGAGGAGUGGCUUUUGGGCAGGUUGGUAGCUCUGGUGCUGCUGCUAUGCCAUAUGCCAUGCCAUGCCGUUUUCAGGAUGUGUGUGGAUAGUGUGUAG